CUGAUGCCAAAAAGGUGUUUUAGAAAUGAAGUUAUCACCGUGUUUAGAGGCAUAGUUUAUUUGUAUCUUCUCUCAUUCAUUCAAAGUGCCUUAUUUGAGCCUGCUGUCAAAGAAAGCAAAGCAGAAGUGUGCGACGAUCACGUGGUCGUAGUAGGCUAUGUGGUGUAGAGAUGUGCUGGUGAGUAGCGCAGCCUUUCAUCAUCACACGCGCUGCUGAGAGGGGCCUGUCAAGAGCUCUGCUACGCUGGUCCUUCUUAUAGAUAGAUGCUUAUAGAUGAAGAGAGGACACAUUCUUAACUGUAUUUGGAGAUAUGAUGCAUGAAUCCACUGUGGCACAGAGCAUCAUGACGACCAUGAACGGAAGUCAGGUGUCCUGUCCGAUAUCAUUUGAGAGGGACCGUAUUCCUCUGAUGGUGUUCUACAUUGUGGUUUUUAUCAUCGGCCUGCCAGCCAACUUGAUCACGCUCUACCUCACCCUCCACCAGGUGUGUCUGAAGAACGUCCUCGGCAUCUACCUGUUCAGCCUGUCCUUGUGCGAUCUCACUUACCUCUUCACGCUGCCUUUGUGGACAGUGUACGUCAGUAAAAACCAUGUGUGGCCCUGGAGCUCGAUGGCUUGCAAAGUGACUGGAUUUGUGUUCUUCAACAACAUGUACAUCAGCAUCUUCCUGCUCUGCUGCGUGUCCAUCGACCGCUAUGUGGCGGUGGUCUAUGCAAUUGAAUCUCGCGGUCUUCGCCAGAAAUGGAUUGCAGCUCUCAUAGCGUUUUCCAUCUACAUGGUAGUAGGCUUGGUUCAUGCGCCCGUCUUCAUCAUGCGCGAAGGGGACGCUGCCGAAGGGAGUCGCCGCUGUUUCGAGCCAGGCCAGAGCACAAAGAUGGUCACGGCAUUCAACUACGCUCGGUUUUGCGUAGGCUUUUGUAUCCCCCUGGCCAUCCUGAUCUUCACCAACAGGGCCAUUCUUGCAAACGUGCAGGCCAGCACAGGCCUCCUGCCCCGUCAGAAAGAAAAGGUGCGCUACCUGGCUGUGGCGGUGGUGGCGUUGUUUUUGAUCUGUUUCGCUCCCUACCACGUUAUCUUGCUCAUGCGCGCCAUCACGUUCCACUUCCCCGACCUGCAGAAGCUGUGUCACUUUGAAAAGUACAUCUACACGCCCUACAAAAUCUCUUUGGGACUGUCGACUUUCAACAGCGCCAUCAACCCCAUUCUUUACGUGCUCUCCAGCAACAAUAUCCGUCAGGAGAUCAGAAGAGGCAUGGCGUCGCUUUGUAACAAAGUCCUCUCGAGUCAGCGCUCGACACACAGUAGCCAGCACAACAUGCACAGCUCCAAAAGCAAUUCAGACCCCGUCUCAGAAAAGGGCAAUGAAAUGAGAACGACUUGUCCCACACCAUGCUGAAAUUGUAGAAGCAUUGGACAUACUUAUUUUUUUUUUACUUGACGCGAAUUGAAGUGAAUUUCCUGUUGUUGUGUUGGGGUAUAGAAUGAAAGGAUAUCAAGAUUAUCUCUGUGCGUUUCACACCAUCUAAAUCUGCUUCCGUCUCAGAACGUUUGAAGCUUCUGAAUAGCUUGCACUGGACUCGUUUUAAGCAUAUUCUCCGGAUUGUUGAGAAGCUCAGAUUCACAGGAAAGGGCCUAUCCCAUUUAAAGUGACUCGGUAUACUUGAAUUUGUUUUCAGAGCACUGUUCACAAAAUAAAAUAGCAGAAAAUGUUUAUAAAAUUGGUAGAAUUUUAUUCACAUCCAAAAGGUAUAAAUAUAAAAGAAUUUACAGACAUGAUCUGGGAUAUAUUUCAUUUACUUGCAACUAAGUGCCUGAAAUCUCUGAAUAUCAUUCAAAGAUUUGAUGCCACAAACUGAGCAAACGGGAAAAUCCAGUUCAAUGCGGCAGCUCAGUACCUUCACUAAACAUGACUUCUGAAUCUAAGUGGGUUGUAUCAAGAAAACCAGAGGUUGUAUCAACCCAGCCAAUCACAUUAGAGCUUGCUGUUUUGGCAAGUGUUUUGACUUUUUUGUGUGCAAUAAAUCAUCAAAUGGUCAGUGGAUUGUCUAGUCCGUGACAGACUGUUUCAAACGACAUACAGUAUCAGUGUCUUCAUUCUGAAAUAAUUUACUGUAACACUGUAAAUGUUAAUGUGUCAGUGUUAAAGAGCAUGCCUUUUAGUGAUAACAGUGUUGUUCGUUGAGUUUAACUUUAACAUGUAUAUUACUUAAAAUAUUGGGGGGUUUUAUAUAAGGUUUUAUAAUGGAUGUGUUUUGUUUUAUGAUGAAUUUUGUCAUUUUGUUUUCAUGUUAUAUUUCAGGACUCGGUACACAAUCUAUUGUAUAGUUUUUCAAGCUUUGUUAGGUGUAGCACUUGUUUUGCUUGAUUUUCCCACUUGUCCUAUUUUCCCAAGUCUUGUUUAUAAUUUAGACUUUAACAUUUUGGAGUCAAUCUUUUCUCAAACAGUCACCAGUAAAUUAUGAUGGACAAUUUGCACAUAAUGCUAUUCUUUUAAGAAACUGUAAAUAAACUCAAGAUUACAAGAGAGUAACAUAAAUCCUAUCAACUCGGCAUAAACUAGCUGAAAAGGUUGUUGUUUAAUAUACGUGUUUCACAAGCUCCAUUCUCAGGACACAAUGAAAAGUAAUUUAAAUGAGUUAACAUGAUCAUUUGUCAAUUCAGCAUUAAAAGUUGGAUCGCUGAAAAAUAA